AUGAUGGAUGCUGUGAGCUCGUCCAGAGGAGGAGAAGAAAGAGAGAGAAUGACAGAGAGAGGUGGAAUAAAGGCGCAGCAAAGAUCUCCGAUCAACCCACUCUUUAACCAACAGGAGCAGGAGCAGAGAGAACUAGCCGAGAAGCUGACAUGGCUCCUGUCAACCUACAGACGCAUAUCAGACUCCUACAUAAUAGAGUUCUUCAGUGAGAGUUUGUGGGAUACUCUGCCUGUGAGCUGGCAGGAAGCCCUCGGUGAUCUUACACCCCCACAGAUCGCUGAUCUACUGCUGGACAAAGAGAUUAAUGACAGGCGGUACCCAUCUGUGUGGCCUUUGUCUUUACUGGCGCUGCGGACAGCAGCACAUGUGCUGUCGUUUCCACGUAAAGCGCCAGGUGGGCACAGUGAGGACGCAGGUGCAGCAGUGCCAGAGGAGUUUCAGUCCAACCAGAGUCAGAGCUCUUUGUUAAGACACAUUUUCCGUAAACACGUCAAGCCCAAGAAGCAGCAUGAAAUCCGCCGCCUGGGCACGCUGGUCAAGAAGUUGUGUGAUCAGGCUAACUGUAACUGUGUGGUUGAUGUUGGGUCUGGACAGGGCCAUUUGACACGGUUUCUAUCUUUUGGACUCGGCCUGGAUGUCACUGGAAUUGAGGCUGAUCCCAACCUUGUUUCCAUGGCUAACAAAUUUGACAGACAGCUCCUAUUGACACUCACCAAAGAGAAUCAAAGGUCAGGAAAAGCUGAAGGUCUGCAUUCUGCACCUGGUCCUUCUCCUCGUCAUGUGGUGGGCUGGGUCAACCCACAGGCUUCAUGGGAUGUCUUCAUUCAGCAACUUGUGACAGCAAGUGAAAGUGACAGUAGUGUUGGACCGACCACUGGGCCAUAUGAAAAGAAACAAAGGGUGGAAGAUCUGCAUCUGGAACCUCAUUCAUGCCAAACCAAAGGAGAGGACAAAGCAGAGUUACAAAAUACUCUUCAGACUCAAAGAACUGACAUAAAUAUUUCAGACUCCGUAGCCCAAAUAAACACUGGGGCUUUUCCAUCGGGAAUGGAAACCGAAUCCGUAGCCCAAAUAAACACUGGGGCUUUUCCAUCGGGAAUGGAAACCGAAAUGCUUACCUGUAAAAGCAUACCAGUUACUGAUUGUGGUGUCAAAGAACUGGGUAGUUUUGUCCUUACAGGUCUUCACGCCUGUGGAGACCUUAGCUCCACACUUCUGCGGCAUUUCACCAACUGCCCUCAGGUUCAGGUCAUCACGUCUGUGGCUUGCUGCUACAUGAAAAUCUCAACCCAGGAGAACCCAAACCCUCCAGGGGUAUUCCAAUCCCAGUUUUCUUCAGACAUCACUGUGGCAAAUUCCAGUUCAGAAUAUGGUUAUCCAAUGAGUGACUGGGUACGUGGAUUACCAGGGCACCAGUUGUCCUACAAGGCACGAGAGGGAGCGUGUCAUGCAAUAGAGGACUAUCUUCUGCGGCUGAGAGAGGAGAGCGGGUUACUGCGGACACACUGCUACAGAGCCAUCUUAGAAAGCAUCAUCAGAGCGGAGAGGCCCCAUAUGCGCAGACCGGGUGUUCAGACCGUUAAGAAAGCCCACGCACUGUCAUUUUCUGAGUAUGCUUGUUUGGCUUUGCCGCGGGUGGGUCUACCCGCUGAUCUCCCGUAUGACCCUGUCUGUGUGGAUUCAAUGCUAGCACACCAGGGUAAAGUGGUGGCAUACUUCAGCCUGGUUCUUCUCCUGGCACCAUUGGUGGAGACUCUAGUGUUACUGGACAGAAUGAUUUUCCUCCAGGAGAGAGGUUUUCAGAGUGAACUCAUCCCACUCUUUGAUGCUGCUUUUUCCCCACGAAACCUGGUACUGGUGGCCGUCAAGCCCAAAGAAGCACAAAGCUGAGUGAAAUAACAGGCCAAGAUAUUCAAACCCACGUUGUGCAUCACAACCACAUAAUUAGAUGUACAGUAACAUUAUGAAUAAAAUGACCUUAAAUUAACUGCCACACAAACCAUCAGACAUUUGAGAACUGCAAUUAGAGGUUUGAUUGUAUGUUUUCCAGAGCAACCCAUUAAUGGGUCAUUGUUCAGUAAUUUUUUCCCCUCCUUUACUUGUUUUGACUCAUAAGCAAACGUUUUCACAUUUUAAAUUAUUUUUUGUCUGAAUUGCAGAGAGGGAAAGUCUUCUUGCGAAUUCUGAUUUUAGUCAUUUUAUUGUUAUUAAAAUGACACAAACUGAUUUGAUUUUUGUUUUUCUUAACUGCAUUUUUUCUUAACAAGGUUGUUUCUAUUAUAUUUAAGCCACGGAAUCACGCUGAGCAAAGUUGCCAUCAAUGGUAUUCUCACCUCUAUUACAAAAGAUAUUUAAGAAUCAUUCAGAAAGAUUCUUUGCAAGUAUGAAUGUUGUAUAUGAAAAUAAACUGUCAAAUUAAAA